AUGAGAUAUUUUUUUUCAUUUUCGUCCUCACAGAUCACUCCCUUCACACCCCUCUGCCACUCUCUCUUUUGUGAAGGUAGUAGAGAUGAUGAUGAAAAUUCUUUUAGGUGCAACGAAUCUAGCACCAAGAAACGGGCCUUGAGGCCGCAAACACGUAUUGGAUACCGACGAAUAAGGAAGAUGCUGACAACUAAAUACUGGAAAGUAGCUCCAAAAUUGAAGGAUUAUGAAAUUUCUAACAUUGUUAUUUUGGCAUCUUUAGAUCGGGGAACAAAGCCCAUAUACCGCAAUAGGAAAGCCAUUUACACACUUGAAAGAUGUCAACAUGAAGCUCCUUCUAAGAGGAGGAAAUUGUUUGACCAUAGCUCAAGAGUUAUGUAUAAUCAGGAGGCUAGUAGUGAAAGCAUAUCUAAUUCACCCAAGAAGAACAUAAUGGGAGCCAAAAGUGCUUUAGCUGCAUUCUUUCACCGAGCAAGAGGAUUGCCAUCUUCUACUAAAGGCCUUCAAGCAUCUUUUCACUCCAAUAAUUCACAUGGUGUGAAGUUUAGCAUCAAAUCCUUCAAGGUGCCAGAGCUUUACAUUGUAAGCACCAAAAACUGCAACUGUUGGUUCACUAAAGUGAUAAAGCUUCCUGAAUCUCAUAAGUGCGUUUUGUGCUCUAAGCAGAGGAUGGUUAUGGAAACAGUGACUGCUAUCCUUGGUGGGGAAUUACAUGUAGGGGUACUUCUUCAAGGGAAGAAGGUUAGGGAGGACAACAGAACUCUGCUGCAGACUGGUAUUUCUUGUAGUGGUAACCUUGAUACUCUGAGUUUUACACUGGAGCCUUGUAUCUCCCCAACUUCUCCACCUGUUAUAGAUCCUCCUCUUUCGGUGUCAUUGCUUGAGGCUAUGACCGGAGGUAGUGCAGCAUAUCAGAAGCUUAGAAAUCCUUUACUUGAAGGUGUUGAAGGUCCAGCACAGUUACAUUCUGCAAACAGUUUGUUGCAGUAUGUGGCUGAUGCAGUCUAUUGCAGCUGGUGGUCUUAUCCUGGGAUGGAGAUGUUCAGCUGGCAAAAUUCUGCAGCUUCAGAAAUUCAUCAGUAG